AUCAAAUGUAAAUAGUUAUAUUACUUUGAGAAUAGUUACAAUUCUAUUACAAUUUCAACAGACUAACUUGUAAUUGUAACCAACUACAUUUCCAAAGUAAUCCUCCCAAGACUGUGAAGUAGUCGAAGAAUUGUCACGUGACCAUGCGUCUCAUCCUUUUGGUUGGUUUUGGAUGGUGGCGAGCGAUCGUCCGUUAAGUCCAGGACGAUGACCAAACUGCAGUUUUUAAACGUCUUCUUGACCGAGCGGCUCAUGCUCGCUGCGCAGGAGAUCUACAAGUCUGUGGAGGACACAAUUUUGGAGUACCAAGAGGAAAUAGCCAUCCGAGAGCGGGAGAACGACCAUCUGAGACGCAGGCUGCGAGAUGCUGGCAUUGAAAUAUGGCCAGACCGUCCAUCGAUGGCGUUGCUAGAAGAGGAGGAUGGCGAGCAUCCACGACGCGAGUGGAGUCCCAGCAUGGGGCAUGAAGAGCGUAUUCCAAUCCAAAUCAAGGAUAAGCGAGAUCUCCGAGCCAACCAAGGAGAGCUCCAAGGCCAUGGCUCUUGCAGCACAUCAGAAAACAUGUUCUCCCCUCCGCGUGUUGCAAAUGAGUAUGUGCAGGACGGCCCUCACACGUCAGCCCUGCCCCAGAGUCAAGGCCUGGAGAACAGGGAGCGGGAUGCUGGCUCUCGAGGCUCCUCAAGGCACGUGAAGGCGGAGAGCGGAGGCGGCCACAGGGGCCCCGUUUCCUCCAACAACGGCGGGCAGCCCCUCGCGCCAGUCAACCCAAACUGUGCAAAUGAGAACAACAUAGACAUCAUAGGGGUGGAGAAUGGAGGACAGAUGGUUGGCACUAAGGGAAACGGACCUGUGGUAAACAGGGGACAGGCCUCUCAUAUGCGCAACCAAGUAGCCAACCCCGUAGAAUACCCCCAUCAGAAAUCUCCCCUACAAGGCCACAUGUCGUCCUUCUGCUGUAAGGUUUGUGGCGAGGCGUUCAGUCAUGUCGGGCACUUGCACGUGCAUGUACAGGUGCACACGCGGGAGAAACCUUACCGCUGUGGUGUUUGCGGGAAAUGCUGCAGUUCCUCGGGCCGACUACAGGAGCACCAGCGGAGCCACACCGGAGAAAAACCGUUCCGCUGCCAGAUUUGUGGCAAGGGGUUCACCCAGAUGGCACACCUCAAAGUGCACAUGAGGAUCCACACAGGGGAGAAGCCAUACAGCUGCCCUGUGUGCGGCAAGUGCUUCAGUCGCUCUGACAAAAUCAAAAGGCAUCUCCAAACACAUACCCGUGAGGGGACCUAUUUUACAGGGCAAUGAUGUACUGGUGUCUCACAUUCAUGUGGAUUUUAUUUUGUAAAACAAUUGCUGCCGUUUAAUACGACCUUUGUACUGAUUUAGAACUUGGAGAUCUGUAACUGUUUUUACAUGAAAUAAUACUUUUCCAGUCCACGGUCCCAUCAUUGAUCUUUUUAUCUGGUUCUACGUUUGAUAUUUACGUUGCGGAAAAUGUAUGACCCAACUUUUUUUCUUGACCUAGCAUUGCAAAAUGUUCCAUCUUUUCCUUUAGUAACCAAGUUAAGAGAAUGAUUUAGUCUUACACACAUGCCUUGAAACUGGAAAUGGAACGUUUAUUACAUUUUCUUGAUCAAUUGUGGGAAAACUAAUUCUCAAUAAGCCAUCCAUCCAUCCAUCUAUCCAUCCAUCCAUUUUCUGAGCCGCUUCUCCUCACUAGGGUCGCGGGCGUGCUGAAGCCUAUCCCAACUAUCUUCGGCCAGGAGGCGGGGUACUUACUGAACUGGUCGCCAGCCAAUCGCAGGGCACAUAUAAACAAACAACCAUUUGCACUCACAUUCACACCGACGGGCAAUUUAGAGUUGUCAAUUAACCUACCAGGCAUGUUUUGGGGAUCUGGGAGGAAACCGGAGUGACCGGAGAAAACCCACGCAGGCACAGGGAGAACAUGCAAACUCUACACAGGCGGGGCCGGGAUUUCGUCGUCCACCGUGCUGACAUAAUUACAAUUAUUCAAAUUUAAUUUAGAAAAUUAAUAAAUUUGGCUCAAUACGGGUAUGGAAAGAACAGGUCAGAACAUUAAGAGAGAGUGACUCUUUGUUCCAAGGAAAAGAUUUAGAAAGUACUAAUUACUAGAUUUUUCAUUCAUUUUUUGAUCAAGGAAAUUCAGUCAAAUAUUGUCCCUAGAUUGGACAGUAUGUAUUUACCUGUAUAUGUUCUGAACACCUAUUUCAAUGUCACCGUCAAUUUGAGCAGAUUAAUUCUGGCCCGAGAAUAGGGCUGCAGCUAUUGAAUAUUUUUAGAAUAGAUUAUUCCCCUGAUUAUCCCAUCGAUUACUUGAAUAAUCUGGUCAAAUUUGAUGUUGCAUUAGUAAACAACAAUACCAAUUUAAAAACUAAUAUGCAUGUGCGGUGCAGCUAUUUAUUCUUUUUUUGUCCACUUGAUGUUGCCAUCCUCACGUUCUACACUGUAGUAUCUGUGACUUUGAACGUGUGUCUCUUAAAGGCAGGGCCUGGCCUGAUGAGUGACGUGUGCGUCAGCGAAUGAGACUGCAGUAUUGGUAAGCUCAGGUUAGCCAGUCUGGGUGUGAGUUGUGGUUGUUGCAGCUAGUGUAUGAAUGUACUUAUUAUGUGUUUAUUUUCUUUCAGUUUGUUCAAUAAACCGAUUCUAAGUGCACCAGUGGCUGUGUCUAUAUCCUUGAACGUUGUCGGCGAUCACAGUCGUGCCGUGUCAGCCAGUUCUGCUUUGCAGUAGACUUAUUGCACUUUAUCUUAUAUUUAAAGUGUGAAAUUAUCCUUAACUUUGGACAAUGGAUGCUUCGACACAGAGAUUUUGCUUAGUUUUUUUGUAAUUUAAUUAUUGGAGAUAUUUGUAUAAUCGCCGCAGCACUACUGGAGAAGUCUCCCAUAAACGUAGUUGAGACUGAUUCCAAAGUGCCUCUGAUGGUUGGUAGUGCACUCCAAGUUGCCUCAAUUACUUUAAAACUGGAUAAAUCCGUAAUCAUUUCCAAUCAAUCAACAAGAUUCUUAACACUCAAUUAACUGAUGUCCAUUUGUGCCAUUACCAAUUGGAAGAGUCUUGCAACAAAUUAAAGUACGAUAUGUUUUCUUUAUGAUUGAUAAUACCUGUUUUUGUGGCCAAUGAUCUAUGAUUUCUGGUUGUUUACAUCUGGAUUUUUUUGGGAGUAGUCUGCCUCAGUUUUGUUACCUUUUUUCCUCUGUUAUUGCAUUGUUAGCGAGCUAAAUACUGCCAUCUGACAUGUCAGUGCUCCCUGAAGUCUGCUGAAUAAUUCAUAGCACUAUUGUGACGGACCACUACAUUAUUGUGUAAAAUAAUGUGAUAGUCUGCCACUUGUAGUUCUGGUCUGAUCACUCCUUUAGGAUUUCUUUUGUCUUGUUACAAUGACAUGCGCUAUUGUGUCUGUCCUACACCAGGAACAACUUACUAGGAUAGUACCAUACAGUCACAUUUAUUUUCACACACCCCGGAAGUGAUGGUUUGUCUUAAAUUAUGCACGCCUGAGAGAAAUGCAGUGGAGGCUUUCUCCUCUCAGGAUGAAUGUUGCAUUCAUAUUCAUGUCUGACUUGGCCCUGCAGUUUUAAUACUUUGUUAGAUACUCUGGAUUUGGCCAAUAUGUCAAUAUGUAGAAAUGUCAAUUUACAGGAGAACGUUCUAAAUGAAAAUAACAUUUCAUGCCUUUCAAAUAUUUUACAGCUCAUGUCAUAUGUGAUAAUGCUGUUCUUGCAACAAUUAUUAGGAAAUUAUACAAACAGGUAAGCGCUUGCGUAAAUGGGCUUGUUCAGCAACAUGGGCAAUAUUGUUGGCGAAAGCUCUGUCUGUACUUUACACACUAACCUCUACAGCGUUUCUGCAAAAAAUUGUAUAUCCUGCCACAACACAAUUCUGCCAGUCAGGGCCGACCUUAGCCAAUUUGACGCCCUAGGUGAGAUUUUUUUGGUGCCCCCUUCAUUUGCAAUUUACAUACAUUUAAAAAAUAAUUUGAAUAGCAUUGUUUUUAAAAUUGGCUUUAAUUUAUAAAAAAAACAAACAACCCCCAAUUUAAAAGAAAGACAACAUUAACAUAGUUAACGUUACCUUUAUAUUUAGACUUCUUUUCCUCCUCCACUUUUCUUCUUUUGCGGAACUGUGCGCCCGAGGGCUUAGCUGUCCUUUUCAUGAUGGGAAAAAAAAAUGUAAAUAAAAUCACCUGUCCUGUUCUGAUUGAUCGCCCGUUCGCUGACUUGAGAUGCGGUUCCCACGUCAUGUGACAUGACUUGCCAAGUGACAAACAUAGUUACUUUAGUUUAUUUUGUAAUUGUAUUUAUUAUUUUCCAGACAGAAACGCCAGUGGCCGUCACAAAUAAUUGUAUUAUUUUAUUUAAAUAUUUUUUCCCCGAGGAGGAGGCCGCUGGCAGUGCGCCCCUCCAGCAGAUAGCGCCCUCGGCGACCGCCUAUGUCGCCUCUGCCCAGGGCCCGCCCUGCUGCCAAUUACAUUGCAAAACUUUUUGUAUCAAAUCCUACUAAAUUCUCGUGAGAACAGACUUCAAUAAACGCAGCUUUGGAUGGCUUCAGCAUGUCAACCACACAUUCACCUCUACUGGACUUGGUUUCUUGUGCACAAAACUCUGAUGUACAAUGUCACAUCAGGCCAUAUUAAAUGUUUUUGUUUGUUUGUUUGUUUGUUUUUGUUUUUUCAUACAGUAGUCACUAAAAUAUCUACUAUCAUGUUAUGUGUCACUGACUUACUGGAUAUUUACUUGACCUUUGUGUCUAGAUUGAUUUGUUUGCAGAGCCAGCCCUACCCAUAAUGUGUCGACUUUAGCGUCUCCCUCCAAGGCGAUUGACAUUCGCUUACAAAAGAAAUGAAAUUGAACUUACAAUUUUCUGCAAUUUAAAAGAUAACAUUACACCCAAUUUAAAAUAUCAAAUACAAUUAUAAAUAAUUUAACUGUUACAACUUCCAUUUUCAACACCGCUUAUCCUGGUUAGGGUCGUGGGAGCCUAUCCCAGCUGACUUCGGGUGAAAGCCGGGCUACACCCUGAACUGGUCGCCAGUCAGUCGCAGGGCACAUAUAGACACAGACAACUAUUCACACUCACAUUCACACCGUCACUGAGUGGGAACUGAACCCACGCUGCCCGCACCAAAGUCAGGCGAGUGUACCACUACACCAUCAGUGACUCUUGUUACAAUUUAAAAUAUAAAAAUAAAAACCUAACAUAGGUGUUGUCUCAUGCAUACUGUUAAGUAAAUUUUUCUGAUGUACAUAUAAAGUAUAGUGAAAUGUUGAUUAGCACAUGCAGUGAAGGAGUAACCCACAGUUUAAUAUGGCAUGUGUGAAUGCCAUGGGGUAUUAUAAUGUGUACUUUAAUACUGCCUCUUUUGAAUGCAAAUUACAUUUAGGCUCCUCAAAGAGAUGCAGAAAGUACACCUUACACUCAUCACUUUCUUUAGGAAAACAGAUCUUAAACUCGCCAGAAGAUUCAGUAUAUAGUAUAGUUCAUUUAUGCAUUGCUCAAUGCAUCAAAUUUGAAAUACAAAUGUUCUUUUUGGAAUAAAUGAUGCAUUGUAGUUCACUAUCCACUUUUCUGCAGUAAAAUAUACUCGCCACUUGGGGGGGUACUUAUCAUUUCAAUAAGGGAUCAGUGACAGGAGCAACUGUUACUCCUUUUUUUUUGCCAGUUGAAUUCAAAUGAUACCAAAGAAGUUGUAUAAGUGAAAACUGCUUUCUCUGCAACCAAAUUAGUUUCUACUUUUUCCACAAAGGGAUCACUGUAAUGAGCUACAGUUCAUUACAUUUGACAAUAAAUGCAUUUUCCUCACUUUUGCCACAUUUGAUGCCAUUGUGCUGAUGCGCUUUCCUAUCCAACACAUGUUGAAUCGUGAGUCUGCAGUGAGAUGUCUCAUCUGCUCACCUGUCACGUUGCAAACAGGAAAUGAAGCCAGGAUGUUCAGUAAUAAGAUGCCAAGAGACUCUCACGAUUCUAUUUGCUCACAUAGGGCCUCAGUUUUAUGGGUGAUUUGUAAUAAAUCCCGAGAUUCAUUAAUAGCAUUUAUUUGCUGCCAAUAAAGAGAAAUGUCACCUUUAUCAAUCUUUGAGCUGCUUGCUUUAUGCAAUUGUUAUUUUGGCCUUCCUGGUAGGCAGUUCGGGGAAUGGAUGGACGGGUAUUUGGUAAAACAUGCUCUCUUAAUCUGUAAAGCUCAAAUUUGACAGGACCAAAGAAUAACUUGCAUGGAGCCAUACUUAAGUUCACUAACUGACAAUAAAGUGAAAAUGUUCCCACA